UAUUAUUUCAAUAUUAUUCACCCCGAGCCUGGGUGCACGUGUAAGCAACUUCCUUUUCAAUUUCCCCACGGAAGCACCUGCCGGCUAAGAAGAAAUUCUAAGAAUGGCCAGUCCUCUGAUGAAUGAAUCUGUUUGGUUCAACCAACAGAAAUUUGAGAAGGCAGAAGCCAACUAUCAGCAAAUACUAGCUGGUACCGCAACCCCCGGCCAGCGCACACGGUCUGUACAACAUGUACAACAGGGCAAGCAAGGGGGGAGCUCUCUUGUAAAUGAAAUAGCUCAGGCCAGGCAAGAGAUAUCAAAACUUCUCCAGAAUCCUAUUACAGGUGGAGGUGGAAGUGCGCCACCUGGAAAAAUGGACUCUCUGGAACGUGAAAACAGGGAACUCAGGAAAGUUACUGAUGAACUGCGUGCGAUGGUCCUGAAGCUGGAGAACCGAGUGUCGGCCUUGGAGAGGGGAGCUGGCGUGCCAGCAGCGUCAGCAGCAGCACCUGCAGCAGCAGCAAAACCAUCCAAGCCUGCUGCUGCUGAUGACGAUGAUGACGAUGAUGAUGAUUUUGAUAUGUUUGGAAGUGAUGAUGAAGAAGAGGCAGCAGAGAAGGAGAGAUUGCAGGCAGAGAGAGUGGCAGCAUACAAAGCAAAGAAAGCAAGCAAGCCUGCCCUGGUCGCCAAGAGUAACAUCAUCCUUGAGGUGAAGCCGUGGGAUGACGAGACAGACAUGAAAGAGUUGGAGCAGAAGGUUCGCAAGGUGUCCACCGAUGGCCUCAAGUGGGGCAGCUCCAAACUUGUACCUGUUGGGUAUGGUAUCAACAAACUGCAGAUCAUGUGUGUAGUGGAAGACGACAAGGUUGGCACAGACUUCCUGGAGGAGGCAAUCACAGCUCAUGAAGACUAUGUGCAGUCAGUUGAUGUUGUAGCAUUUAACAAAAUCUGAAAUCACUGUAUAUUUUUUAUCAUGUACAUGUCUUUCGUCAGUUAGAAAUAAAUGCCAACACCUCAA